AUGAGGUUGAACACAGUGGAUAGGGACUGGCGGUUCGACUGGGCACUCGCCGGAACAGUAACUUCCGGUUCUAAUACUUCUUUACUUGCUGCUUUGGUCACCCGUUUAAACACUGAAUUUGCUCUGAAGGAUCUUGGUUCUCUUUGUUAUUUUUUGGGUAUUGAAGCUCUGCCUUUUUCUGGUGGUUUGUUCUUAUCUCAAACCAAAUAUGCUCAUGAUCUUUUGCAGUUGGCCAAUUUGUUAGGCGCUGCGCCCAUGGCCACCCCGAUUUCUGUCAAACAAACCUUUCAUAGCCAAGAUCAUCUUCCUGUCAAUGCAACCGAAUAUCGAAGCCUGGUGGGAGCACUUCAAUAUCUCACAUUUACACGGCCGGAUAUUCAGCAAGCUGUUAAUCAUGUGUGUCAGCAUUUUCAAACUCUCCCACAGCAGCAUCUUCGGGUCGUUAAGCGUAUCCUCUGA